GUACGUGCGUGCAUUUUGUGAGCGGCGGUGUAGCACGGCGUAAGGCGAGAAGCGUGAUUGUGUAUCGUUGGAGGUAGACAUCUACAAUAUUGACUGGGCGCUAGUCGAUUAUUGAAUAACCUGUUGUUGGGAGUGAGGAAUUGUCGAAGGGGAACUCUACAGGCAGCCGAUGGGUAUGAGGGCAGCAGCAGCGCUUUGGACCGGCGUACUAGUGGCGCUCUGGUUACAUGGCCAGGCAUGCCUGGUGCAAGACUGCCCGGAAGGGGGCAAAAGAUCAGGUUACAACUCAAUCAGACAGUGCCUAUCAUGCGGGCCUGGGGGAACAGGCCAGUGCGUAGGCUCAGCCAUUUGCUGCGGUGAUUCCUUCGGGUGUUUGAUGGGUACAAAAGAGGCCUACGUUUGUCAAGAAGAAAUCGAGCUGCCUACACCAUGUGAAGUCGUGGGCGAGACGUGUGAAGCCGUCGCUGAUGGCAAGUGUGUUUCAAAUGGAUUCUGCUGUAGCAGCAGGAGCUGUUCAUUAGACACAGCUUGCAGAACAGCCGAGACAGGACAGCGGAACCUUAAGGACAGACUGAAAGAGAGGCUGAUAGACGCCCUCUUGCGUCAGCCUUAAUCUUAUCGCCCCUACCAUCCCAACUUGGUUCCAUGAGGCCCACAAUGCAAUGCGGUAUCAAGAAAACACAUUAAUCCAGUUUUCGAUAGAAUUUUGAAAGAACUUUCCUCUUCAACUCCCAAAGAACAUAUUUUUGGUGAUUCCCAACAGGACGUUUCCAAUUGAACUUGUAUCGCUUUGCAUUGUGUGGAACUCAACACUGCAAAAAAAGGUUGACAUUAUUACUUUCUAGACAAAAAAAAUCACUGCAAUUGAAUUGGAAUCCUAAGUUUAAGAUAUAGUGUCAGUUCCUUUUGUUGCGAAGAAAUCUAACAAGUCAGCAGCUAAAAGACAAAAUUAUAAUUUCACAAUUUUAAAACAGAAAUAUCCUGACUAAAUAUCAUGGGUUUUGAAAGACUCAUGUUUGACACUGGAUGUACUCCAUGUAAAUCCCGUGCAUACCUGUCAUAAGGAACUGUGACUUUACAUUGUUCCAUAUUUUCAAUUUAAACAAAGUUUGGUUAAUUGAAAUCGUAAAUCACGACACUGAAGCACAUUUUAUUCUUAUUUCUGUUAUAGUUUUAACUUUAAAAAAAAAUGUUGCACGUAGUUGUCAAAUAUCGUAGAAUAUUUCGCAAAUUAUUUUCAAAUGACUGAAGUAAUUAAUGACGGUACCGAUCAAUGAAAAUACGACCCGAAAGGGAUACGACGUUUGUCUGACUGAAAUACGCAAUUGUAACAGUUUUUCUCGAUUUUAGAAAAUAAAAAAUCAGUUCUGCGCUUUAGUUUCCAUAUGGCCAGUAGCGUUUAGUUGAUAUAUGAUAGAGCACAGCACAUCUAUAUAGUCUUAAAGCUUUUAUGAAUAGGCGCAAUGGGAUGAUAGUGUGUACUGCCUUAUUUUUCAACAUGUAGAACUCCAAAAGUGGUAGAAAUUACCUGUUACAAUAAACAACGCUAUAGAUUCCUACCUUAUAUUUAAGCCAAAGGGUCUUAAAAUUAUAUUUAAUUUAUCCAGUGACGUUUCGAGUGUGAAGCUCGUGUUGGAAAGACCCUUUAAGUGGUGACAAGUAGCUGCUAUGACGGACAGAAUCUCGUAUGAAAACUUUGUAAAUAACUGUUCACGUAUUCACGUUGGAAUAGUCCUAGCUUACAAAAAAACACAAAGACUUUAUAGAAUAGAUUCAUGGAAAUACGAAAUACUUGCAAUAAUAGGUAUGACAUCUUAGAUCUAAUGCAAUGUAUAAUGCACUGUGCACUUAUUUAACGGGAAUCUAACACGACUCAUACACAGCUCAAACAUUACCCAUUAUUUUAGGCAUUCGGAAUCAGGUAUUAUGUCUGUAUGGGCCUACAUUUUCAGGAUAUCAUGAGUAAUAACUAGCCUUAACGACCUCGUUUAUACCAAAAGGUUUAAAUAGAUGGAAUGAUAUGGCCAACUUGAUGCCCUUAUGAGACUACUAACUCACCUAUUACUGCUACGAAUUAGAUUCAUCCGUUCUACAAAUUCCACAUAAAAAAAGUAAAAUGCGCAACGUCGCACCAUGUUUCAUUUGAAAGCUUGUCCAUUACUGGUGAAUGUUUUAUGUUUUAGGAGAAAGUUCUUGGAGAUAACGACACUGUUUUUUAACGGAUAAGAACUGGAAAAGCAGUGCCCACUUGUACCGAAAGGAAGCAAAAGAAAGAUAACAGAGUGCAGUAAUGAUAACCGUACACAUUGUGUGCAAAGUCUUUUGAUUCGAAGAAAAAAAUACAAAUGAUUAAGAAAGUUAUGUAUUCUUGAGCGGAAGGCCGUGGUUCCUGUUGUCGUAUAGGAAGACCAACAAUGGCAUCUGGUAGGUUGAUCCAUACUGGAACCAUUGCAGAAAUGAAGGAACUGUCGUAUACUAUGCCAGUGAACAGUGACCACUCCCCGCCUUACCAGUCAAUCCUUAGCAAGGCUUGUAUUUAAUAUUCUGUUCAAUUGAAUAGCGUUUUGUAAUCUGACACAAAGAAACACUCUUCUGGGAAAAAAACGCAUCAUCGUAAUUGAAUUAAAUAUUGUCAAAGGAAAGCUCUUUACACUACGAAGCGCAAAACAAGUCCGCAAAGGCAAUACUAUUCGUUAUGCAGUGUAGACGCAUCCAUAGACGUAAUUCUAUCAAGGUGUAAGGUACCUUUCACUAACGAUGACGUCACAACAAUUGACAUUACAUAUGGAAGAUAUCUAGUAACGUUUCAGUACUUGUUCAAAUAACUGAUGCAGACAUCCGACUCUAAUCAAAUAUUGUGCAAAUUGUAAAAACUCUGCAAUUCUAGAAGUGAGUAUUUUUUUCUCUCGAUGAUUUCUUUUCUUGUAUUAUUGUUAAGAUCGUUCAAUAAAACACAAUCACAUGCCAAGCUAA